AUGGCGUCCUUCAAUCCUACCCAGAUCUUCGACGAUGGAACUACUGAGGAGAAGGGAGAGAAUGCUCGUCUUUCGGCUUUUGUGGGUGCUAUCGCUGUUGGAGAUUUAGUGAAGUCAACAUUGGGUCCAAAGGGAAUGGAUAAGAUCCUCCAAAGUGCUUCGACAGGGGAGAUAUUGGUAACUAAUGACGGCGCAACAAUCCUCAAAUCGAUAGCACUCGAUAAUGCUGCUGCCAAAGUUCUCGUCAAUAUCUCAAAAGUCCAGGAUGAUGAAGUUGGAGACGGAACCACAUCAGUCACAGUUCUAGCUGCAGAGCUGUUACGAGAGGCAGAGAAGUUGGUGGACAAGAAGAUCCAUCCACAGACCAUUAUCGAAGGAUACAGAAUAGCAAGCCAUGCGGCGCUGGCAGCUUUGGAGAAAUCUGCGGUGGACCACAGCAAGAACCCCGAGGCUUUCAAGAAAGAUUUAUUAGCUAUUGCAAGGACGACUCUGAGUUCGAAAGUCUUGUCGCAAGACCGAAACCAUUUUGCAGAGCUGGCUUGCGAUGCUGUCCUGCGUUUGAAGGGCUCUUCCGAUCUCAGCCACAUCCAGAUCAUCAAGAAGGCCGGCGGAAAGCUUAUGGAUUCAUACCUUGACGAAGGCUUCAUUCUGGACAAGAAAAUCGGUGUGAACCAACCGAAGCGGUUAGAGAAAGCCAAGAUCUUGAUCGCAAAUACUGCUAUGGAUACGGACAAAAUUAAGAUCUUUGGCGCUCGGGUCAAGGUUACCUCGACAGGAAAGCUUGCUGAGCUAGAGAAGGCGGAGAAGGACAAGAUGAAGGCGAAGGUCGAGAAGAUCAAAGCACAUGGCAUCAACUGCUUCAUCAAUCGUCAACUUAUUUACAACUGGCCCGAGCAGCUUUUCUCGGAUGCUGGAAUUAUGUCUAUUGAGCAUGCAGACUUCGAUGGGAUAGAGAGACUGGCUCUGGUUACAGGUGGAGACAUUACAUCAACAUUUGACCACCCAGAGCAAGUAAAGCUCGGUCACUGUGACCUCAUCGAGGAAGUGAUCAUUGGUGAGGAUACCUUGAUCAAGUUUUCUGGCGUUGCAGCUGGUCAGGCUUGCACUAUUGUUCUCCGUGGAGCAACUGAGCAGCUUCUAGAUGAGGCUGAGCGAUCUCUUCAUGAUGCCCUAGCAGUUCUGUCACAAACUGUCAAGGAGCCAAGAACUACUUUGGGAGGUGGUUGCGCUGAGAUGUUGAUGGCCAAGGCUGUCGAGGGAGCCGCUCUGAAGGUUGACGGAAAGAAGCAAAUUGCUGUUGGAGCAUUUGCUAUUGCUCUCCGUCAAUUACCUACCAUUCUCGCCGACAAUGCAGGUUAUGACUCUAGUGAUCUUGUUGCGAAGCUCAGAACUGCCAUUUACGAUGGCAUGACUACGUACGGUUUGGAUUUGCUUACUCCAGGGGGUGGUAUCACAGACAUGCGUGAGCUUGGAGUGAUUGAGAGUUACAAGCUCAAGAAGGCUGUUGUUUCAUCUGCAUCCGAAGCUGCUGAACUUCUAUUGAGAGUGGACAAUAUCAUCCGUAGUGCACCACGGAGACGCGAAAGGUGA